UGCCUUGUGCGGAGAGCAGCUAAAGGAGUCCGAGCAUUAUUGCACUUUGAUGAGCGUAGCUGGCUUGCUUUUUAGUAUUGUUUAAGUAUAGUUAAUUAGCUCUAGAUAUUCCUUAAGCUAUUUUAAAACGGAACGUUACAUAGCGCAUUCAUUACACUGACGUGUUAAACCGCUGUAAUGAAGCGAGCUAAUUUCAAAAGCUAGCAGGCUGGUUAGCUAACUCCGCUAGUUUGCGAGCAUAUCAACUAGCUAUAGCCACAUGUUGCACUAAAGUAUCCGUCCUCGUCGCCUCUACGAAGAUUUAAAUGUCAAUAUGGCACGUAGGAAAGAAGUAUUUCAAUCAAAAGUGCUCCAGAGGCUUUACCCUGCAGCUCCCAAACGGGAGAAGGAACCCUGCCCACCAUGCAUUGUAGAUGUCUUAUCCAGAAAAAACAAUGUGAAAAGAAAAGCCUCUCAACAGGACACUGUCAUUGGAGAUGCAGGGACGACACAGAGUACAGCCAAUCAGGUCAGGCGGGUGUACACAGUUCUGCCUCCUCCUGCAGAUUACAAGACAGAUUCAGAGAAAUCUGUCACACUCCCGCAGAUAGAAAGCAUAAAUAGCGCUGAGGACCCAGCUGAGGAAAGCGUCCAUGAUAGCAACGAGGAACUAGACCAAGAUAAAGAGGAAGUAGAACAUAAAAGAAAAAGGAGGAGAAGGAAAAGGAAACUAACCUUCCAUCAAGACUCUGGGAAAGAUGGAGCAGCUCCACUGAACAACACUGUAGAUGAGGGAGGAGAGCGCAUUAACAAGAACAAGAAGAGGAAGUUGAAGAAGAAACGGCACAAAGAGAAGCUGCUCUCUAUGGGUCUGAUUCCCCAGGCCGCUGCCCUGGAGUUCACAUACCGAAAGGAUGAGGGGGGGAAGGAGGAGGAGGAAGAGGAGGAGGAUAAUAAGAAGAGAGUUGCUGAGGUGUCAGACUUCCUCAGGACUACAAUGGAAAUCUAUAUGUCAGAUUCCUCGUUGCGUGUAGACAAGCUUCCCCUGUCCGGGACAGUGAAUGACCUUCUGAGCAGCAUAACCCCCGGAAGGCAUUCCACCUCUGUCCUGAAGCAGCUGUACAGUCUCAAGGCCUUUGUUCAGCAACAGGAGACAGACAAACUGGAAAAGGCACUGGAGGAGCUCCACAACACUUCUCCUAUGUCUGCAGAGGAAACCACUGCGGUCGUUUCACUGUUCCAAUACUGGAUCACAGACAUUCUUCCCAUGCAAGGAGACAAGAAGACAGAGCUUUCUACAACGCACCCAUGAGACAGUGAGUCACACUGAAGCAGAGACUCUACUGAAGGAUCAUUUCUGCUGUACUCCAUCACUUUAGAAUGUUCUAUUUAUAUACCACAUUUCAUGAUGUUAGACUUUAUAUGAUGCUGCAUAAAAUAUUUGUAUUAUUAAAUAUGUUUUUCUAUUUGA